GCCAGACACGACAAGAAGGCGGAGCUGAAGCCGAGAGGAGGAAGGAGACGUUGACGUACCCGCUUCAGGUCAAAUCAUAGCAUCAGUCACGAAAGUGGGAGAAAAACCUGCAUACAUAGGCUGGACUUGGGCUCCUCUUGGGCGUGACAUGUUAUAGCACCGUUCCCAGUGACCAGCGAUCGCUGUCCCUACAUCAGCUGUAACAGGACAUCAGGACGCGGAUCAGGCCUGGUUAUGGCCGACAGACACCAGAAACCUUCUGCCGCUUCGAAAAGCUCCGCUGAGGCCAAGAGGACGGACGUAAAGAACAAUGAGAAGAAGUGCUCUUGGGCCUCCUACAUGACCAACUCUCCGCUUCUGAUAGUGAUGAUCGGGUUGCCCGCCAGGGGGAAAACCUACAUGUCCAAGAAGCUGACGCGCUACCUCAACUGGAUCGGAGUUCCAACGAAGGUCUUUAAUCUUGGAGUUUAUAGGAGAGAAGCGGUGCAGUCGUAUAAGUCCUAUGACUUCUUCAGACACGACAACGAAGAGGCAAUGGAAAUUAGAAAACACUGCGCCCUGGUGGCCCUGCAGGAUGUCAAAACCUACCUGAACGAGGAAGGAGGCCAAAUUGCCGUUUUUGACGCCACCAACACGACCCGAGAUCGGCGGACGCUCAUCCUUAAGUUCGCGCAGGAACAUGCGUACAAGGUCUUUUUUGUGGAAUCAAUAUGCGAUGAUCCAGACGUCAUUGCUGAAAACAUAAUGGAAGUGAAGGUGUCCAGCCCAGAUUACCCUGAAAGGAACAGAGAGAGCGUGAUGGAGGACUUUCUGAAGAGAAUAGAAUGUUAUAAAGUGACCUAUCAGCCUUUAGACCCGGACGAACAUGACAAGAACCUGUCCUUCAUCCAGGUCAUUAACGUCGGCCGGCGCUUCUUGGUGAACAAGGUGCAGGAUUACAUCCAAAGCAAGAUCGUUUAUUACUUGAUGAACAUCCACGUGCACUCCCACUCCAUCUACCUUUGUCGGCACGGAGAGAGCGAGCACAAUCUGGAGAGACGCAUCGGCGGCGACUCUGGCCUGUCGGAGAGAGGAAAGAAGUUUGCUGUGGAGCUGAAAGCUUUUGUCAAAGAACAUAACCUGUCGGAUCUGAAAGUGUGGACCAGCCAGCUGAAGCGGACCAUCCAGACUGCAGAGGAGCUGGCUGUCCCCUAUGAGCAGUGGAAGAUACUUAAUGAAAUCGAUGCUGGUGUGUGUGAGGAGAUGACCUACGCGAUGAUUGAGGAAAAGUACCCAGAGGAGUUUGCCAUGAGAGACCAGGACAAGUAUCAUUACCGCUACCCUGGUGGAGAGUCCUACCAAGACCUGGUUCAGCGCCUGGAGCCGGUCAUCAUGGAGUUGGAGCGGCAGGGCAACGUUCUGGUCAUCUGUCAUCAGGCUGUCAUGCGCUGCUUGCUCGCCUACUUCUUGGACAAAGGCGCAGAUGAUCUACCCUACAUGAAGUGUCCCCUGCACACUGUCCUCAAACUCACCCCGGUGGCUUAUGGAUGUAAAGUGGACAUGUUUGAUCUGAAAGUGGAAGCUGUUAACACUCACAGAGACAGACCACUGAACAAAGUGAGGACGUGCGCCAUGCCGCCGCCCUUGUUCCGCCGGAACAGCUUCGAUCCGCUGUCCAGCCAGGACCAGAUUAAACGGCCCCGUCUGUACAGCAUGGGCAGCCUUUCGCACUCGCACAUGUUCCCUCCUCCAGUCUUUUCCAACAUGUCCUUUUCUGACGUGUCCGAGGGAGCUGAACCACCGCAAGGCGAGGACUCUCUGAACGGCUUCAGCCCUCCAGACACUGAAGAAAAAAGCACAUAAAGAGGCGUUUUCCUCUAACGCAGCACACGUAAAAUCUGCGUCCUUCACCUCAGUGUAUCAGUUUGCCGUCCAGGGCCGGCUCCUCUAUGCGAAUGUUUUUCCAGCCCCGCCGGAUCAUCGGUAAAAUCUCACCUGUCGUAUUCUUCUGUCGUAUCAACGACGCGUAUGUCUUCUGACAUCUGUGUUAUUUUCAGUCUGUCUGUUUUAGCAUGUGUUUUUUUUGUUUGCACAUACUCGUAUAAACUCACUGCUUCUGAAUGAUAGCUGUUAUAUCUGCACUGUGAUUAUGCCAAAUAUUGCAAAUGAAAUAUUUGCUGUAAACUCACCUAAACUUGUUACAUCACGACCUGAAGGACUGUAUAAAAGGGAAGAGGAGGGCCUUGAUUUGUCCUCUGGCCGGUUUUCUAUCUUAAAUUUCCUUUGCAAACAUUCCAGUGCAAUGUGCGUCCUUCCUUGUUGUAAUCUGACAGUGAAGUAAUUAUUCUGUUUUAAACUGUGAUUAAAGCUCCUCCAAAUGCUUUUCGAGGCUCAGCACACAGCCACAAUCUGUCUGGACCUUUAAAAUUGCACGAAGUACUUUGACUUUGCUUUAGUCUGUGAAAAAAAAUCAGUUAUUCCCUUCUGUGAUGUGUUGUUGUGUUUGAAUGUAUCCCACAUUUCUCCUGAGAUUUAAUCCCAUUUAGCCACACCAAAUUGAUUCAAAGAAACGUUAAACCGAUCAGUCAUGCUGCAGUUUUAUUUAUUUUGGUGACUUUUAUAGUGGAACGAGUCGGCACGUUGAAAAAGUGCCUUUGUUUGAAUCUAGUACGAUGCUGUUCAGACCAGUAAUUAAUAGUUUUCAAAGAAGUAUAAUUUGCUAAAUUAUGUUUAACUUAAAGAAAACAAUAGUAAUAUAUUUGUACGUCUUAAAGAGAUCUAAAGCCUGCCCACAUCUGUUAAACAAAUGAGAAUUUUAUUGUAACUGCGAACUGACUGCUGAUUUUCUCUGUUUAAAUAAAAAAGAAAAAGCUGUUUUAAAGAAAAA